CACCCCCCUCCCCCCCUCCCUCCCUCUCCUCCUUUCUUUCUCCUGCACUCCCUCUGCUCCUUCCUCCGCACACAGCAUGCUGUCUCUGAUUUCUGCGCGCGUUGCCCGCCAGUCGCUAGCUGGCGCCACGCAAACCUCCCGCCUGCUGGCUGCCCAGAUGGCGCCGCGCCGCGCGCACUCCACCUCCUCGGCUGCUCCCGAUGCCGCCACCGUCAAUGUCACCUAUGUCUCCGCCACCGGCGAGGAGUUCCCCGUGGUUGGUAAGGUUGGCGAAAACCUCCUGACGCUGGCUCACGCCAAUGACAUUGACCUGGAGGGCGCUUGUGAGUGCUCCUGCGCAUGCUCCACCUGCCAUGUCAUUGUGCACCCGGCUUUCUAUGACAAGAUCCCCGAGCCCACCGACGAGGAGAACGACAUGCUGGACCUGGCCUUCGGCCUGCAGGAGACCUCGCGCCUCGGCUGCCAGGUGCAGCUGACUCCCGAGCUGGAGGGGAUCCGCCUGCUGCUGCCGGUGGCCACGCGCAACAUGGCGGUUGAUGGCUUCAAGCCGACCCCGCACUAAGCGUGUAUUCCUCCCCUCCCCCUCUUGGAGUCCGGUUGCCGUCCAUCGCUCGGCCUCCCUGACGUGCUCUUGCACAAUCUCCUCUCUCUCCCUCCCCCCCCCCCU